AUGGAAGCCACGUCGGCGAGGAUGGCGUCGCGAAACCAGUUUGUCUUUGACGGCUUCGCCCCGCCUCGUUCGACCCUCCAGCGCUUCAUAUACAAUGCCUGUGACCCUAUCGCCAACCUAGAACCUAACCUCGCCUUGAACCUCGAGAUCGUCGACCUGAUAAACUCCAAGAAGGGCAAUGCCCCGCGUGAGGCCGCGGUCACCAUUGUGCAGCUGGUCAACCACCGAAACCCGAAUGUGUCCCUCCUGGCCCUGUCGCUACUUGAUAUCUGCGUCAAGAACUGCGGUUAUCCCUUCCACCUCCAAAUCAGCACCAAGGAGUUCCUCAACGAGCUCGUCAGACGAUUUCCUGAACGACCCCCGAUACGGCCCACUCGGGUUCAGAGCAAGAUCUUGGAGGCUAUUGAAGAAUGGCGGUCGACGAUAUGUCAAACAUCGAGGUACAAGGAGGACUUGGGUUUUAUCCGGGAUAUGCACAGGCUUCUGCUGUACAAGGGGUACAUGUUUCCGGAGGUACGGAGGGAGGAUGCUGCCGUCUUGAAUCCUAGCGAUAACCUCCAGUCGGCAGAAGAGAUGGAGGAGGAAGACAGAGCGGCACAAUCGGCCAAGCUACAAGAACUGAUUCGGCGAGGGCGACCUCAAGAUCUACAAGAGGCCAACAGACUCAUGAAGGUCAUGGCUGGGUAUGACACGAGGCACAAGACCGAUUAUCGGGCAAAGGCAGCGGAAGAGGUAGCAAAGGUCCAGCAAAAGGCCAAGAUAUUGGAGGAAAUGCUUCAAAGCCAUCGACCGGGCGACAAAUUUGGCGAUGGCGAUGUUUUCGAGGAGUUGGCCGGUGCUCUCCAGAGCGCUCAUCCCAAGAUUCAGAAGAUGUGCGAGGAAGAGUCGGACGAUGCGGAAGCAGUCGCCAAGCUGCUCGAAAUCAACGACAGCAUCCAUCGGACGAUCGAAAGGUACAAGCUGAUGAAAGCUGGGGACAUCGAGGGAGCAAACAGGAUCGAAAAGGGGACCCUGGGGACCACGACCGGAGUUGGCAAAAACGCCGCCAACGAAUUGUCCUUGAUUGAUUUCGAGCCGGACCUUCCAGCAGCAGCCUCAACAAUGCCGACACACACAAAUGGCUCCCUUCUUGACGCCGGCCCUGCCUCGUCUGGUGCACAGCCAAAUAAACCAACGACGGUUGAAGAUGACUUGCUAGGUCUGUCGUUGGACGACCCCGGUGCCGGCACACUAGGGGCGAUUUCCCUAGGACCAAGCACAAAUUUCUCAGCACCUUCAGGGUCGAUCUUUUCGAACAUCUCUUCCAAUGUCGCCGCCCCCAGCCAGCAGCCGACAGCAAUGCUCCAAACUUCAUCUCAGCAGACAUCACCGAAACCCAAUUACGAUGCUUUUGCCAACCUCAUCAGCGCCCUCCCUUCUUCCAAACCUGCAACUCCGGUACCUAUGGCGCAGCAGCAGCAGCAGCAGCGGCAGCAGCAGCAGCCACCGCGGCCCUCGAGUCAAGUACUGGCCGCGGCCGACCCCUUCGCAGCGCUGGUGUCGUCCAGUUCACGGCCUUCAACCCCUUCAAGGCAUGUCAAUCCAUCACAACCACCAACAACUCAGCCGGUCACGGGCAUGAACCAAGGCCGCUCUGCAGCACCAGCUGAAGACGAGUGGACUUUCGAGUCGUCCUUACCCGAACCGCAGACUGUACAGGUUCUUUCUUCACCUCUCGCGAUCGACUUUGAAGCCCGACGGACACCGGGACAGAACAACGUGAUCCAGAUAACAGCGCGGUUCUCCAACACGACGCCCGCGCAAAGAAUCACGGGUUUGCAUUUUCAAGUGGCCGUGGAGAAGAGCUACUCUCUCCACCUGAAGCCACAGAGCGGACGUGAAUUGGCUCCCAACACACAUCACUCUGUCCAGCAGGAGAUUUUGCUCAACGGAGUGCCUGUGGGGAAGGGGAAUCAGGUCAAGAUGCGUUUCAAGGUAUCUUACGAAUUGAAUGGACAAGCGCAAGAACAACAAGGCAAUGUGCCACCAUUGGGAGUUAGUUAA